CUGUAUCUCUCUCUGUUUGGCUUUCUUUGCAGUACUUGGCAGUGCAAUUACGCAGAAUGGCGUUUGCCUUUUAAGUUUCAACGCUCGCAUUGUUCCCCGGCAGCGGCCGAAGGCAUCCCAGGCAUCCCCGGCAUCGCAGGCAUCGCAGGCACAGUGGAAAAACUCACGUUAAACAGGCGAGCAGUCACCGGCUGUGGCAGCAGCAGCAGCCAGUUCCAGUUCCAGUUCGAGUUCGAGUUCCAGUUGCAGUUGCAGUGGCAGCAGUGCCACUGACAGGGGCAGUAAGUUACUGUGCAACUUUUGCCGGAGUCCCGUCGGUGCUGUCGUUGUUGUCGCAUAACUCAAAGCUGAUGAAAUAUGGAGCUGCUUCAGGUACUCUGCUGCACGCUCCUCCUGCUCCUGGCCCGAAUGCAAGUGCUCCUCGCCGUCAGCUGGGAGGAUUGGUGGACAUACGAUGGAAUCUCAGGACCUGCCUUCUGGGGCCUCAUCAAUCCGGAGUGGUCGCUCUGCAACAAGGGCAGACGUCAGUCCCCCGUAAAUCUGGAGCCGCAGCGCCUGCUCUUCGAUCCCAACUUGCGGCCCAUGCAUAUCGACAAACAUAGGAUAUCCGGACUAAUCACCAACACCGGACACAGCGUCAUCUUCACGGCCGGCAACGACACGGUGGCCAACUACGAUGGCAUGCAGACGCCCGUGAACAUCUCGGGGGGUCCGCUGUCGUACCGCUACCGCUUCCAUGAGAUCCACAUGCACUACGGCCUGAACGAUCAGUUCGGAUCGGAGCACAGCGUGGAGGGGUAUACGUUCCCGGCGGAGAUACAAAUAUUUGGCUACAAUUCCCAGCUAUAUGCAAAUUUCUCCGAUGCCCUGAAUCGUGCCCAGGGCAUUGUGGGCGUCUCCAUUUUGCUGCAGCUGGGGGAUCUGUCCAAUCCGGAGCUUCGGAUGCUCACCGAUCAAUUGGAGCGCAUACGCUAUGGCGGCGACGAGGCGUUCGUGAAGCGUCUCUCGAUACGCGGCCUCCUGCCGGACACCGACCAUUACAUGACCUACGAUGGCUCGACCACGGCGCCAGCCUGCCACGAAACGGUCACCUGGGUGGUGCUCAACAAGCCCAUCUAUAUUACAAAGCAACAGUUGCAUGCCUUGCGCCGUCUCAUGCAGGGCAGCCCCGACCACCCAAAGGCCCCGCUGGGCAACAACUACCGGCCGCCACAGCCGCUGCUCCACCGGGCCAUUCGCACCAACAUUGACUUCAAAACGACGAAAACGAACGGCAAGGCCGCCUGUCCCACCAUGUAUCGCGAGGUCUACUACAAAGCGACCAGUUGGAAACAGAACUAAGACGUAACUACUAUAAUGGCCGUUCUGACGUAAAGACGUAGUGACGUAACGUAAGCGCAAGACGUAAUUAGCGUGCGGCGUGCAACAGGAGCUUCCACUAAACAUACAUACAUAUACAACCCGGCGAUGCUGAGGAAAGACCGAGGAUUGCUGAGCAGAGCGGAGCGAAGAAAAUGGAGAGCGAAGGCGAUGGCGAGGGCGGAAGGAAUACAUACACGCAUACAUACUCGAACAUGCAUAUACAUACAUAUAUAUACAUAGGAAGCCGAAUA